AAAUUGCAAACAUUAUAGGUGCCAGGUGCUGAACCUCGGCGACCAGUGUUUCUCGCCGACAUGCCCAAGCAAGGAAAGGCCAUACAGCCAAAGAAACUUAAGAGUAAGAAGCGCACCAUGUCUGAGAUUUCAACCGUCGCGGAGGCGGUGCGCGCGGCGGCAAAGCAGGAUGCCCGCAUACCUGUGACCCUUCUGUCCGGGUUCCUUGGCAGCGGCAAGACCACGCUCCUCAAGCACAUCCUGGGCAACCGUGAAGGUCUCAAGGUUGCUGUAAUCGUGAACGACAUGGCGGAGCUCAACAUCGAUGGCGCGCUGGUGGGCCAGAGCAAACUUGUCCAGCGCGGCGAGAAGCUGGUGACCAUGCAGAACGGCUGCAUCUGCUGCACGCUCCGAGAAGACCUGGUGGAGGAGGUGGGGCGGCUGGCCACGGCGGGCGAGGUUGACUACAUCGUGAUCGAGUCCACUGGCAUUUCCGAGCCCAUGCAGGUGGCGGAGACAUUCACGUUCGCCCUGCCAGAUGACCUGCAACAUCAGGACAGCGCGGCCUGCCCGCUUCCCUCGGCAGCCCAGGCGGCACCGCGCGAGGCCACCGCCACUGCAGCAGAGGCCGAGCGCGGCGGCAAAGCGGCGGCGGCCGGCGGCCACACCAAGAAGUCUCGCCGCAGCUCCUCCGGUAGUGGCGCCGCGGAGGCCGCGCAGGAGGAGGCGCCCCUGGAGGCACCGCCGCAGGGGGUGCCGGCAGCGCUGUCCUCUGUGGCCCGGCUGGACACGUGCGUGACGGUGGUGGACGCGGCCACGUUCCUGGACAACCUGACCAGCAUCGAGGAGGUGGCGGACAGGUUCAACGAGGCGGGUCAGGAGGCGCCGCCGGACGACCAGCGCCAGGUCGCCGACUUGCUGCUUGAGCAGGUUGAGUUUGCGGACGUGAUUCUCAUCAACAAGUGCGACCUGGUCACAGCCGACCAGCGCCGUAUAAUUGUUGCGGCUGUGCGCAAGCUCAACCCGCGCGCCGUGCUGCAUGAGACCACCCGGUCGCGUGUGGACGUGCGCUGCGUGAUGGGCACCGGACUGUUCAACCUGGAGGAGGCCGCCGACGCGCCCGGAUGGCUCCAGGCGAUCAAGUCAGGCACGCCGCUCAAGCCCGAGUCAGAGGAGUACGGCAUCAGCAGCUUCGUGUACCGCGCCCGCAGGCCCUUCCACCCGGAGCGCCUGUACGACAAGUUCCUGGAGCGCUACUUCAUGACUAAGGUCAUCAACGUCAUCCCCGGCCCCGAGGGCGACGAGGACGAGGAGGCAGAGGCCGGGAGCACUGGCAAGAGCGCACAUCCCGCCGCCGCCACCUCCAGCGGCAGCCGUAGCAGCGGCAGCGACGGCGCAGCGAACGCCUCGGCGGGUAAAGCGAAUGAUGACGACAGCAGCAGCACCAGCAGCGGCAGCGGCUCUGGGUCGGGCAGUGACGAGGAGGCGGCGAGCGGGGACGAGGACGAGGGCGCAGCAGAGACCGAGGCGCAGCGAGAUGGGCUGGAGGCGUACGCCAAAGUGCGGCGCGAGGUCAUGGCGGCCAUGAAGCGCGACCUUGGGUUCAUCAUGAGAUCCAAGGGCUCCGUGUGGCUGGCCACGCUGCGGGACACCAUCGUGGGCUGGGGGCACGCCGGACUGGUGCUGCAGCUGCAGCGCGCCGGGCCCUGGUUCUGCACCGUGCCCACGGACGAGUGGCCUGAGGACGAGGCAGUGCGGGCGCAGAUCCGUGCCGACUUUGACAGCGACCCAGGCAUUGGCGACAGGCGCCAAGAGCUCGUGUUCAUCGGACAGGGGCUCAAUCCCGAGGCGAUCAAGUUGGGCCUGGACGCCUGCCUGCUCACUGACACAGAGGUGGACGCGCUUGCGGCGGCGCGGGGCACGAGCGGGGGCAAGGUCAAGGGGCGCAAGGGCAAGGGCAAGUCUGUGCCCGCGCUCAAGCUUGUGGACCCUCUGUUUGGGGACGACGCUUGACGGGCUGCGAAUGAGGUGGGCUCCCUUGCAUACCGUAUGCGAGGGCAGUUGUGCGUGGAUAAGCGUGACAGAGGCCGUGGGGUUGUGGGGUUUAUGCGGUCUGCUGGUGUCGUAUGGCGCACGGGCUUGCAUGUGUGUGUUCAGGGGCGCGUUGUAGCGAGCGCAACUGCACAUAACACCGCGUGGCGUCUGUGCGCGAAGCUAGCUAAAGCAAUUGCGCAGAUUGUACCGUAUGUUUGUGCACGCGCACCUCUCUAGGUAUUGCUGCCGGAUGACUGGCCGAGCCAGCGGGAGCGGGGGCGUGUGAGGGCUUCAGGUUGACUCGAGUCGUAGUUUGCCCGGGAUGCGCGCAGCAAGUUUGCCCAGCGGGGCUUUGCGCAUCGUAUAUCAUGCCGUGUAACAUUACAUUGCGCCGCGGCGCUGUCCAUACCCU